AGAAUAAACGGUUUAAGAGCAUUACCACAUGAUAGUCAGUGAUUAUGUUUACUUCAGUGACCUACUAAACAAAAAUGAACGGAAACAACAAAACCAUAAUUAAUAAAUCUCUGGCAAAACCUUUGGCUGUGACCGCCGGCUUAUUGGGAUUGAUUCAAGGAAUAGCCUGGACCACCCUUUCAGUGUUGUGUAUUUGUUGCUACACCGGAUCAAUACAACUCGAUAAAAAUGCAAGUUCGGCCGAAUAUUACAGAGUCAUUUACGUCAUAUUUUUACACGAACCGAACAAAACCACCAACAGUGAGUUGUUGAUUCAGCCGAAGGAGUUUCUCAUUUUUAUGUGCUUCUAUGCGGCCUUUUCUGCCAUUUGGCUGUGCAUUUCUGGAGCUGUAAUUUGGGCAAUGAUUCACAAUAAGUGGCAGCUUACGAAAUGUUUGUUUGGGGGUUGGUCAACCACUGCGUUUAUUAUCAGCCUUGUUGACAUUAUCCUGACCAGUUUAUUAGGGCGUGAUUAUGCCAGAAUUGAGAACACAUCUGAUUUAUUGACUCUUGUAUGUUAUGGAAUUGUUAUGUCACUGGCGUGCCGUGGUUACGUCCUGUGGGUUGUUAAUGUUGUUUUUGCGGUUGUUUUUCUCAAAUUUACCAUAAAAAUCGUCUUGAAAGAAAAUCAGGGAUCAGCGAUGCCAAUUAUUCACGGAUAUGAAUCGAACAAUAACCCACCAUGGUUUAAUGAUUCUGAUAAAGACCUUUGGUCAAGUCCUGCCAAGGCUGAAGGAUACGAUAAUCAAGGUUUCACAAGGAGCGAGUCCUUUUUUCCUGCGUCAGUAUCACAACAGGACGAUAUUUACAGUUCGCCGAUUAGUGAACCUGAAUUUGACAAUGAAGAUUUCUUUUCUGGGUUUACGCCAAAUAAAACAGUAAAAACUGGCAAAAAUAGAGAAAACAAAUUUAAUUUAAAUCAUACUGGAGGACCUAUAAUUCCUGAUCCUGAUUAUACACCACCUAAUACGCCAAGGAGUAUAAAGUCGGUCUUGAGAUCGAGAAGUAAUUAUGAAUAAAAAAUGAUUGCUUUGUAUUAAUUAUGUUAUUAUGUACAUUGUAUUAAUUAUAUUUUUUUAAACUAAAAA